UUAUUUUAGGAGACCUUUUUGGAGAGCAAACAGGAUGGUGUGUCUCGGAAAUACAUCCCACCCGCAAGGAUGAUGUCAACUGAAAGCGCAAAUAGUUUCACUCUAAUUGGAGAAGCUUCAGAUGGAGGAACCAUGGAGAACUUGAGUCGCAGGCUGAAAGUGACAAGUGAUCUGUUUGAUAUCAUGUCUGGUCAGACAGACAUUGAUCACCCACUGUGUGAGGAGUGCACGGACACACUACUGGACCAUCUGGACACACAGCUCAGCAUGACAGAAAAUGAGUGCCAGAAUUACAAGAGCUGUUUAGAGUUGCUGUCUCAACUACCAGAGGAGGAGGAAGCCAGUCUACUGAAUGCACUGCAGCAGUUGAAACAAGAGGAGGAAUCUCUGAUCCAGGAGCUGGAGAGCAUUGAAGUGCAGCGCGAAGCCGUGGCUAAAGAGCUGGCUGAGGGACGCAACCAUAGCCAGCUGAUGGACACCGAAGAACUUCAGUAUCAGAAGGAGUACUGUGAGUUUAAGAGACAGCAGCUGGAGUUGGAUGAUGAUCUUAAGAGUGUGGACAAUCAAAUGCGUUACUGUCAGAUUCAGCUGGACAGACUCAAGAAGACCAACGUUUUCAAUGCCACCUUUCAUAUCUGGCACAGUGGGCAGUUCGGAACAAUAAAUAACUUCCGCCUAGGCAGAUUACCCAGUGUACCAGUGGAAUGGAAUGAGAUCAAUGCAGCCUGGGGUCAAACUGUACUUCUGCUGCAUGCACUUGCAAACAAGAUGGGACUAUGCUUUCAGAGAUAUCGACUUGUUCCUUAUGGAAACCAUUCCUAUUUGGAAUCUCUCACAGAUAAGUCCAAGGAGUUGCCGUUGUAUUGCUCUGGUGGUCUCAGAUUUUUCUGGGAUAAUAAAUUUGACCAUGCUAUGGUGGCCUUCCUUGACUGUGUCCAGCAGUUUAAAGAUGAGGUGGAGAAGGGCGACACAGGCUUUUGUCUGCCAUAUAGAAUGGAUGUGGACAAAGGAAAGAUCGAGGACACGGGUGGCAGUGGAGGUUCUUACUCUAUUAAGACUCAGUUUAACUCAGAGGAACAGUGGACCAAAGCCCUCAAGUUCAUGCUCACUAACCUGAAGUGGGGUCUGGCCUGGGUCUCCUCGCAGUUUUACAACCGUUAGAUUUGAUCUCGACUCUGACACCUGAUCAAUGACACCAGGAAACCACAUGAAAUCUUCACAGUACUAAGAUGAGAAUUUACCUAAUUAAAAUCUUUGUGUGUGUGUUUUGUUUAACUGUUAAACACCAUUAAAUACCAGUGAUGUGAAUUUGUGUUUGGUAUA